AAGCACAUUUGACUCAAGUCAUUUUGGCUGAUAUCUGCAGGGCCACCUGCGGCUCGGCGUGCCUCUCCGAGGCCCGCCCGAACCACCCGCGGGGCGGCCAUGUUCGCCUGCUGCCACGACGCCGCCCCCGCCAAGGUCGAGGAGGCCGCCCCGGCACCCGCGGAGGAGGCGCCCAAAGAGGAGGCGGAGGAGGAGCAGGCCACGACCGCCUCGGACCCCGAGGGCCCGCCCGAGGAGUUGCCCGCGGCCGCCCCGGCCGAGGAGCCCGCGCCAGAUGAGCGGGCGGCCGCGCAGCACGCCCUCGUCGUCCGGGUGGUGCAGGCGCGGGGCCGCGGCAGCGACGACGAGAAGCGGCAGCCGUUCGUGCGGGUGCGGUUCCUCGAUGCCUGUGGCGAGGAGAAACAGGUGAAGGAAACCGCGCCCAUCACCGACGGCGGCGCGAAUCCUCACUGGAACGAGUACCUCCAGUUCGAGGGCAUCGGGGAUCUGGCUCUGUACUCGGUGUGCCUCGAGCCCCGCGACAAGAGUGACACGAAGGGCGAGCCCAUUGGCGGCAUCGCCAAGAUCAGGGUUUGGGGUCCUCGAGGCCGCGUUUGGCCUCCAGCAGCUCAGGGACACCAUCUCGGCUCGCUGUUCCCCAACGUCGACUUCAGGCUCGGCGUGAACAACUUCGGGACGUGGGGCAACGGUGCUCGGGCGUCGAACAAACUGUCGCUCAACAUCAUGGGUGCUAGCGGAAAGGAAGACAUGCACACUGGCAUCGGAGGCCUUUUCGCGGACAAGAGCUGUGAUCUAGUGUGUGUGUGUGCAUGACACGUACGUGCGCCACUCGUUGCCGAUUGACCCUCAAGGGGCCCCUUUUUGCCAAGGCACAAAAACAUCAUACAUCACACUGGCAACGGAGCCUGCUAGAUGGUCUUCGGCGACCGCACGAAUGCGCAGGACCCG